AGCUGGUUAUAAUAAGAGCUCGUCUGUAGCUUUGUGGCUAGGUUGCAGGUUGUUUUCUUGAUAGCCGCCCGGGCUUCGCUGUCGUCGCCACUGCAAAAUCGGUCAUUACAGCGGCACGCCAGACGGGCUGUAAACUACAGAUGGACCAGCAGGACCAGUCCUAUAUGUUUGCAAGUCUGACACGGCCUCACUCAGAGGAGCUGCUGCAAGGCCUCCAGCUCUUGCGGCAGGAUCACGAACUAUGUGACAUUGUGCUGCGUGUGGGUGAUGCCAAGAUCCAUGCCCACAAAGUAGUGCUGGCCAGCAUCAGUCCUUAUUUCAAGGCCAUGUUUACGGGUAACCUGUCAGAAAAGGAGACCUCUGAGGUGGAGUUCCAGUGCAUUGAUGAAGCUGCCUUGCAGGCUAUAGUGGAGUAUGCUUAUACCGGGACGGUGUUUAUCUCCCAGGAGACAGUGGAAUCUUUGCUCCCCGCUGCCAACUUACUCCAGGUUAAGCUUGUACUUAAGGAGUGUUGUUCCUUCUUAGAGAGCCAGCUGGACGCUGGAAACUGUAUAGGCAUUUCCCGCUUUGCAGAGACUUACGGCUGUCAUGACCUGUGCUUGGCUGCAACGAAGUUCAUCUGUGAGAACUUUGAGGAAGUCUGUCAAACGGAGGAGUUUUUUGAACUGACGAGAGCCGAGUUGGAUGAAAUUGUGUCCAAUGAUUGCCUUAAGGUAGUCACAGAGGAGACUGUAUUUUAUGCCCUCGAAUCAUGGAUCAAAUAUGAUGUAACUGAGAGACAGCAGCAUCUGGCUCAACUGCUGCACUGUGUUCGCCUUCCGCUGCUCAGCGUCAAAUUCCUCACUCGCCUAUAUGAAGCCAACCAUCUUAUACGAGAUGACCACGCCUGCAAGCAUCUGCUCAAUGAGGCCCUCAAAUAUCACUUUAUGCCUGAACACCGGCUGUCCUAUCAGACUGUGUUGUCUGCACGACCCAGGUGUGCCCCAAAGGUGCUGCUUGCAGUAGGAGGCAAGGCUGGACUGUUUGCCACAUUGGAAAGCACGGAAAUGUAUUUCCCUCAGACGGAUUCAUGGAUAGGACUGGCCCCUCUCAGUGUACCCAGAUAUGAAUUUGGAGUGGCGGUGCUGGACCACAAAGUUUAUGUUGUGGGAGGCAUCGCCACACAUAUGAGGCAGGGCAUUAGCUAUCGGAGGCACGAGAGCACAGUCGAAAGCUGGGACCCCGAAACCAACACGUGGUCUUCAGUGGAGCGUAUGGCAGAGUGUCGCAGCACUCUCGGUGUAGUGGUCCUGGCCGGAGAGCUGUGCCUUGGAGGCUAUGACGGCCAGUAUUACCUCCAGUCUGUGGAGAAGUAUGUCUCGAAGCUGAAGGAGUGGCAGCCUGUGGCACCCAUGACGAAGUCUCGCAGCUGCUUUGCCACCGCUGUCCUAGAUGGGAUGGUGUAUGCUAUUGGAGGCUAUGGCCCAGCACAUAUGAACAGCGUGGAGCGGUAUGACCCUAGCAAGGAUGCCUGGGAAAUGGUAGCCCCCAUGGCAGAUAAGAGGAUCAACUUCGGAGUAGGUGUGAUGCUUGGAUUUAUAUUUGUGGUGGGUGGACACAACGGAGUGUCGCACCUGUCCAGCAUCGAGCGGUACGAUCCACAUCAAAACCAGUGGACGGCGUGCCGACCAAUGAACGAACCCAGAACUGGUGUGGGCUCUGCCAUUGUGGACAACUACCUCUAUGUGGUAGGAGGUCACUCUGGGUCAUCCUACCUGAACACCGUUCAGCGUUAUGAUCCCAUCUCAGACAGCUGGUUGGACUCCAGUGGCAUGAUGUACUGCCGUUGUAACUUUGGUCUGACUGCCCUUUGACCCAUGGCCCAGCCAGCUAGGACCCAAUAAAUUACCUUAGACACAAAGAAGACUUUCUCUCUCUUUUUAUUAUUUUAUUAUUUUAUUUUUUUGGCUCUCCUCCUCCUUCCCCACAUUCAUCCUCCAGGUGCAGAUGAGCUUGCCUGCACAUUUUCGUUAACAUCAGAGCAUUUCUGAGUGGAUGGGUGUACCGGGCUAGCUGGCUGGCUAGAAGGGGGACUGCAGUCCGUGCUGCAGGGAUGAGGAAGAGCUGGAAGGUUCUGGAGAUAACGGAGGAAGGUGGAUGGUGUUUGGAUGACUGUCACUGGAAAACUGAGAUGAACGCUCUAUUGCUGCUGGACCACAAUGAGGACUUCGAGCUAUGUCUCAGAGGAUUGUGGAAUCUGCUUAUUUACGUUACAAAAUUCUUCGUCAAGUUUGCAGACAGUUUUAUGUUGUGCUUCACGUCCUUAAUUGUGCUAAAUUUUUUGUUUUGUUUUGUUUAGGAAUUUUUCUGCUGCAACCAGAGCUGUGUGUUCAAAUUUCCUAGAACACUGCAGUUUGCUUGUGCAUUUGAUGACUAUGUGGUUAUUGGCCAUAUAGUGUGUAUGUCUGUGUGUAUGGUCCAGGGGGUAUGUGCAUGUCAGAUAGAACUGUUUUGUUUUGUCACAUGUCUGCGUGCAGAACUGAUGCUUGGGCUCAGCAACGCAGGAUAAUUCUGCAUCCACAUCAGUGCUUGACAAAAAAUAGAAAAGUUGGAAUAUUUAUAUUUUCUCAAAAAAGGGCUGCCUUUCUCUUGUAAAUGGUCUAAAUGAAAUAUAUAGAUAUAAAUAUAUCCUCUAGUGCAUUGCCUGUAAAUGUUUUUCUGCACUGGCUCACUAAUGUGUGUACAGUUUGAUUCCCACAGCCACUGUAGAGGUGAAUUUUCCUUAAAGUGUUCACCACUAGUCUCUGCUUCAUCCUCUGAGCCAUUUAAAAACGCAAAACAAAGUUAAAAAAAAAAAAAAAA